AAUAGAAAAUCCUGAACAAAGAGAAGUAGGAAGCAGUAAACAAGAUAAAAUUGUGACAUCGAUGAUAUAUUCUAACUUUACCAUUUUGGACAAACCUUGGUGGAAAAACCCUUUGGAUGAAUGUAGUACGGAAUAUUUAAUCUCAAAGCUUAAUCAUUUCCAACGGGCUAUAAAAUCAGCAGUUAAUAAUGAAAGCAAUGAGCUUUUUUGGAAGGGAUACAUCGAACUUCACCUUGAACAUUAUCUAUUUGAAUGUAUUUCUGCAGAAAGCAAUAUUACACUCGAUAUUAGUUAUCGUUUAGCUAGAAAGAUGCAAAAUCUCUAUGGUGCUAUCAUUGACACUUUUCCUUCCAUCUUCGUUCCAGAUCUUCAAAUGGAUCGCUUUACGCCUGAGUUUGCAAAGCAAUUGCAUCAAAAAAAUUAG